AUGGUUUUCAACAAUACCAAGACAGAAUAUUCGGAGGUGCACCAGAGCGAAGAGGGAUCCGAAGGCGAAGGAAGCUCAAGAAUGCUGCCCCAGCCUGACCGCUUCACGCACUCUGCUUAUCGCAUGCUGAUGGUAUCGACCUUCUUGUGCUGCAUUGUUUCUGUUGCUAUUGGCUUCUUCUUGGGUACCUACGGCUUCAGUUUGGGUUCAAGGCAGACCUCAUGUGCCACUGAGCCGAAGAAAGUCGAUUCUGUUACCGGGCUUGGCAUGGCCACUAUUGAUGAGGCACCUUUCAUCACCGACGUGCCACUUGUCCGAAAGAAGUUUGAGCACGACUCUUCGUACAACUUCACAGCCCCGGGAGCGAACCAGAGAUGGCUCGAUCUGAUCUCAUUUGGCAAGCCUUUCGUUGCGCUGAAUGACCCGUCCAAAUAUGGCCUCCCGGACUACUUCCACAAAGACGCUCUCCAACCCGAAGGUCUACAACCUGUGGCCUGGAAUGUUUUCCAUCAGCUACAUUGCUUGGUUUGCUUCCGCACCACUUACAUGAAGCUGGCUUUGGACUUGGACGGCGGCUACGAUGUCUGCACUCGCCAACAUAUUGAGCAUUGCCUCGAAAGUCUUCGUCAGGCCACCAUGUGUGCUGGAAAUAUGAACAUGGAACGAUUUGAAUUCAUUCACUACCCAGGUCAUGAUGACUUUGUACCAAAGUUGGUCGGUCAGCACGAAAUGCAUACGUGCCGUGACUGGGACGCCAUCAAGGGUGUCAUCAAGAAGGUCAGGUCUGAGAACAUUCCUGUCGACAAGUAUGGCAAACGUGUGCCACAACCGUAA